UCCACUGCGCAUGCUCAGAGCGCGGUGGAAGCCAUGUUGGAACUACAGUGGCGUCGGGCUGGGAUUUUCUGACGCCGUAUGUUUUUCUUAAAAUAUCUGUUUUCGUACAUUGUUGGGGUUCGUCAACCGUGCGCGAUCGGCGCCGUAGUCGGCAGUGGAAAUGAUGAACUCCAGUGUCGACCUGUCCCGGCGGAAUCCGCAGGAGGAUUUCGAGCUGAUCCAGAGGAUAGGAAGCGGCACAUACGGAGAUGUGUACAAGGCUCGUAAUGUAAACACAGGAGAGCUGGCUGCUAUCAAAGUCAUCAAACUGGAACCAGGUGAGGACUUUGCUGUCGUCCAGCAGGAGAUUAUAAUGAUGAAGGACUGUAAACACUCCAACAUCGUUGCCUAUUUUGGCAGUUAUCUCCGGAGAGAUAAGUUAUGGAUCAGUAUGGAGUACUGUGGAGGAGGUUCUCUGCAGGACAUCUAUCACAUAACCGGGCCUUUGUCAGAGUCACAGAUAGCCUACAUGUCACGGGAGACCCUGCAGGGUUUAUACUAUCUGCACUAUAAGGGCAAAAUGCACAGAGACAUCAAGGGAGCCAACAUCCUCCUGACAGACAACGGCUAUGUUAAACUAGCUGACUUUGGUGUAUCAGCCCAGAUCACAUUAACUCUAGCCAAGAGGAAGUCAUUCAUUGGAACUCCUUACUGGAUGGCUCCAGAGGUAGCGGCGGUGGAGAGGAAAGGAGGUUACAACCAGCUCUGCGAUAUCUGGGCUGUGGGCAUUACUGCAAUAGAGCUGGCCGAACUACAGCCACCCAUGUUUGACUUGCACCCCAUGAGGGCUCUGUUCUUAAUGACCAAGAGUAAUUUCCAGCCUCCUAAAUUGAAAGAUAAACUCAAGUGGACAAACAACUUCCACCAUUUUGUCAAACUGGCCCUGACCAAGAACCCAAAGAAGAGGCCCACAGCUGAGAAACUCCUGCAGCACCCCUUUGUGUCCCAGCCGCUCAGCAGGACGCUGGCAAUCGAGCUGCUGGACAAAGCCAACAACCCCGACCACAGCACCUACAACGACUUUGAUGACGACGACCCUGAACCUGAGUCUCCGGUCUCUGUUCCUCAUCGUAUUCGUUCCACCAGCAGGAGCACUAGGGAAGGAAAGACGCUCUCUGAGAUUAACUUUGAUCAGGUGAAGUUUGAUCCUCUAUUGAGAAAGGAGACAGAGCCCCACCACGAGCCGUGUGAUUCUGAGCCCUAUCUGGACUGUGUUGAGGAGCUCUACUAUACCGCGAGAUCUAAUCUGGACCUACAGUUGGAGUAUGGGCAUGAUUCACCAAGUCUGCUGGGAGGAAACAAGAGUCUUCUCAAAUCUGUGGAGGAAGAACUUCAGCAGAGGGGCCAUGUGGCACACUUAGGGGAUGAUGAGGAUGAGGAUGAUGAUGGUGCAGAUGAUGAUGAAACUCACACUCAUAAAUUGAGCACUAUCAUGAGGCCAAAGGUCCCGCCCCCGCUUCCCCCCAAGCCCAAGUCCAUCUGCUCGUCCCUGCAGCAGCAGCAAAAACAAGACGACAGCCAUUCACACAGCGAGGACGACGGCGGAGGGGGAGGGACCAUCAAACGCUGUCCAGUCCCAGAGACGCCCAGCCCGGCCAGGCCCGCCUCAAACGUCCCCCCGCGGCCCCCGCCCCCGAAGCUGCCACCCCACCGUCGCAGUAGCCUAGGUAACGAGAGCCCAAAGCGCACGGACGUCGAAAACUCUGCCCCAGAGGAUGAUGGGAGCUUUAGGCAUUUCUGGGAGUGGCUCCACACGCCUCACACAGAGGAGGAGCUGGAGGAGGCGUGGGAGGUGCUGAAGGAGGUGAAAGAGGAGCAGGAAAAAGAGGAGGAAAAGGAAGAGAGUAACGGGCUGAACUCUCCACACAAUGGCGAGAGGGACAGUCCGGCAGACAAACAGUCCACCAUGCCCCCUAGUGUCCCCAUACGGAAAGACAAGAAGGAUGUUCCGAAGCCAAUCAGUAAUGGCCUCCCCCCUACACCCAAAGUCCAUAUGGGUGCGUGUUUCUCCAAGGUGUUCAACGGCUGUCCUCUGAAGAUCCACUGUGCCACUUCUUGGAUCAACCCCGACACCAGAGACCAGUAUUUGAUAUUUGGAGCUGAAGAGGGGAUCUACACAUUAAACCUUAAUGAGCUGCAUGAGACCACGAUGGAACAGCUCUUCCCACGGCGGUGUACCUGGCUAUAUGUAAUGAACAACUGUCUUCUUUCCAUAUCUGGAAAAGCCUCCCAGCUGUACUCCCACAGCCUGAGUGGUCUGUUCGAACAGGCCAGACAGUUACAGAAGUUACCAGUAGCCAUUCCCACACACAAGCUGCCUGAUAAGAUGAUUCCCAGGAAGUUUGCUGUAUCCAAUAAAAUUCCGGACACUAAAGGGUGCCAAAAGUGCUGCGUAGUGCGUAACCCUUACACAGGCCAUAAGUACCUGUGUGGAGCCUUCCAGUCCAGUGUUAUGCUGUUGGAGUGGGUGGAGUCCAUGCAGAAGUUCAUGCUCAUCAAGAAUAUCGACUUCCCGUUGCCGUGUCCUUUGGAGGUAUUUGAGAUGUUGGUGGUCCCGGAGCAGACCUACCCUCUGAUCUGUGUGGCGGUCAGUAAAGGCACCGAACUCAACCAGGUGGUCCGGUUCGGCACCGUCAACCCCAACUCUACCUCCUCCUGGUUCACUGAAGCAGACACUCCGCAGACGUGCGUGAUCCACGUAACUCAGCUAGAGAGAGACACUAUCCUAGUCUGCCUCGACAGGUGUAUAAAAAUAGUGAACCUCCAGGGCCGGUUGAAAUCCAGCAGAAAGCUGUCAGCCGAGCUGACCUUCAACUUCCAGAUCGAAUCCAUAGUUUGUCUCCAAGACAGUGUACUGGCCUUCUGGAGGCACGGCAUGCAGGGACGGAGUUUCAAGACCAACGAGAUCACCCAGGAGAUCUCUGACAGCACACGCAUCUUCAGACUACUGGGAUCAGACAGGGUGGUGGUGCUGGAGAGCAGGCCUACAGUCAACCCUACGGCCCACAGCAACCUCUACAUCUUGGCAGGCCACGAGAACAGCUACUGAGACACACACACACACACACACAAACAGACACACACACAAACAUAAACACACAAACAAACAAACAAACAGCCUACCACUAAUGCAAACAAGGGAGUAAGCAACAGGGAGACUCGCCUACCGCUAACCCACCCAGCCCCCACCUUCUCACCCGGCCUGCAAGUAGUGUAACUGGGAGACGAGCACUUCACGGGUGCAGAUGUGGAUUCCCAGUUGCAGAGGUUUAAAAUGCACCGCAGUGUUGUACGUGUAUCAGCUGAGCGUGUUGUAGUAGGACCCGUUUCCGACAGGGCGAGGGACAGCUGGUCUGAGGCCAGUUGGGGUUGUGAUAGCUGGGGAAUCUCUUCUCUGCACAUUACAAGAGCGACUUCAACCCAGAAUCCUGACACUAUCCCACCUUCCCCUGCAAUACUGCCCACUGGGUAAACAGCACCCAGCACAGAAGUUUGACUUCUGCACUACUUCUACUACUACUUCUACACACACUCGUACUACUACUACUACUGCUACUUGCGCUAAAGCUUCACAGAACAGCCAUCUUGCACAGAAAACCUUCCCUUCUCUCCUUCGUUGUCUUUCCCUCCGUCUCCUCCCCCCUCCUUUCCUUCCUCCCUUAACCCCCCCCCCCCCCUUUUUUUUUUAAACUACACCCUUAUUUAUUGUGGCAUGAUGUAACUUUAACAACCUGGAUGGCUUUCCUCUUUUAUUUGUUUGUUUGUUUGUUGUUUUUUUGUUUGUUUGUUUUUUUACAGGAUAGAAAAGAGAAAACAGACUAAAAAGCUUUGCCACCUCUGCUAGCAUUGAAUUCCAGUACCCGUCACCACACCACACAAGUGCUUAAUUGACCUCUAUUUAAUUGUUGUAAAUAUAAAUGUAGUAUUUUUUUGAGAGAGACAAACACUAAAAAGACUGGUCGUGUAGAUAGGCAUGUGUAUAGUUGCUCCGUACAACUAUGGAGACAAACAGAGACAGGCAUGGAGGAGUGACAGGGCAGUAGAUUCACUUCCUAGUUCCCGGAUCAUGUGACGAGGGUCAGGCAGCAAGGACCCCUGCAGUCUCCUCAGGUGGACAGCUUUAGUUAUCUGACAUUAUUCUCAUAAUGGUUUGGAGCUCAGGAUUGGACUGAGCAGAUGGUCAUUUUCAUUUUUGCAUGCAUCACAUUCAAGACUUCCUGCUUGUUUGUACCAUAGCAACUGUCGUCAGGGCAGCGGACGUUUUAACUUUCUUUUUCCUGUCUCAACGUUAUCCUUU